AUGGAGGGACUGUCUUGUACUGAGCUGCGGCCGUUCCAGGCGCUGCCGUUCUCCUCGCUCGGGGCCGAGCCCUUUGCGCUCGGGGGGCACCCUGGGGUGGCCCUGGCGCAGCCGGCGGCCGGAGCCUGCGCCCUGCUGGAGUGGGACCAGCUGGGGGGCAGCUUCCGCGCCCAGCGCGUCAUCAACGGCUCCUCACCGGUGGCCUGCCACCCGGUCCCGCUGGGUGACACCCUGCUGCUGGUGGUGGCCCAGCUGGGCGGUGGCUCCUGGGUGUGGCGGCGCUCGGGCGGCCCCGGCUCGGCCUUCGUGCGCCACCAGGCCCUGGGCGCCGGCCGCCUGCGCCGGCCCCACGCCGUGGCCGCCGCGCGCCUGGCCGGGCACCUCUACCUGGGGGUGGCCGACAGCUCCAAGGGCGGCACCAGCACCGUGUUCCGCUGGGCCGCGGGCGGCUUCUACCCGCACCAGGCGCUGCGGCCGUGGCAGCGCGACACCCACCUGGAGUUCCUGGAGCUGGGCGGGCGGCCGGCCCUGGUGCUCUGCGGCGCCGCGCGCCGGCCGCUCGUCUACCGCUGGAGCGGCGACGCCUUCGCGCCGCACACCGACAUCCCCCACGUGCCCGACGCCUACGCCGCCAAGCACUUCCGCCUGCGGGGCAGCGUCUUCCUGUGUCUCACCAGGUUCCUGGGCGACGCCAAGGUGAUGCGCUGGGAGGGCUCCAUGUUCCGCGAGGUGCAGCAGGUGCCGGCCCGCGGCUCUCUGGUCUUCCAGCCGCUGCUCCUGGCCGGCCACCGCUACGUCCUGCUGGGCAACGACUUCGCCCCGAGCCGCGUCUUCCGCCUGGGCGCCGGCGGCCGCCUGGAGCCCGCCCAGGACCUGCCCGCGCCCACCCCCCGCGCCUUCGUCCCCGUCGCCGUCGGCCACCGCCACUUCCUGGUGGCCUCCAGCUUCAAGGGGGCCACCCAGAUCUACGCCCACGUCACCGAGGACGUCGGCACCUGAAGGGACGGCCAGGCGCGCCCAGUGGCCGCCCGCCGCCGGGGGGAUGCCCGGAGCUGCCGUCGUGUCCCUGAGGCUGGGGGACAUCAGGGGACGUGUGGUGGCAGCCGAGGAUGGUGGCCACCAGUCCACCGUGGAGAUGGGGACAUCAGGGGACAUGAGGGGAACAUGUGGUGGCAUCUGGAGGGACGUGUGGUGGCAUCUGGUGGGACGUGGGCAUGGUGGCCACCCUGAUGUUGUGGAGAUGUGGGCGUGAAGGGACACCGUGGCGACAAGGUGGGGACACUGUAGGGACACCGUGAGGACAGCGGUGCCACCACGGCCUCGUGCAGCUGCAGGGACGUGGGGACGUCGCCGUGGGCUCGGUCACCAGAGGGACGCGGGGACAUUGACCAGACACCAGCAGGGACCUGAGGCCACCCUUGUGUGACAUCCCCAAGGCCACCAUGGCCCUGAUGUCCCCAAGGCCACCAUGGCCCUGAUGUCCCCAAGGCCACUAUCACCCCGAUGUCCCCAAGUUCACCACUGACCCAACGUCCCCAAGACCACCAUUGCCUCAGUGUCCCCUCCUGGUGCCACCAUCACCCCGAUGUCCCCAAGUCCACCAUGGCCCCGAUGUCCCCAAGGCCACCAUGGCCCUGAUGUCCCCAAAGCCACCAUCACCCUGAUGUCCCCAAAGCCACCAUCACCCCGAUGUCCCCAAAGCCACCAUGGCCCCGAUGUCCCCAAGGCCACCAUUGCCUCAGUGUCCCCUCCUGGUGCCACCAUCACCCCGAUGUCCCCAAAGCCACCAUGGCCCUGAUGUCCCCAAGGCCACCAUGGCCUCAGCGUCCCCUCCUGGUGCCACCAUGGCCCCGAUGUCCCCAAGGCCACCAUGGCCUCAGCGUCCCCUCCUGGUACCACCAUGGCCCCGAUGUCCCCAAGCCUUUGUGUCCCCUCCCGGUGCCACCGCUGUCCCGCCGUCCCCGUGUCCCCUCCCCCGGUGACCAAAAUCCUUUUUUUUUUCACCCA